CAUAAAUUUAUGAUCGAUUAUCUUAGAAGAGAAGAGUUUAUUGAUCCUGGAUGUACGCUUACAUUAUAAUUAGCCGAUAAAAUCAUCAUAGGAAAUAAAAUAGAGAGGAAGAUUUUUGAAAAAAUUGAGAUGCAUCCAUUAGAAUAAGAAUGUCUAAAAAAUUUAAAACUAAUUUUAGCUUAAAUGCCUCCAUUACGUUUACCCAAAUAGUAUACCAAUCCAAUUAAUAAUAUACUAGCUGGUAGGAUUCUGACUAUUUGAGAGUUUUGGCUUUCCAUGAUUAUGAUAUUGGUAAAUCUGCUUAGGUUGAAAAAUAGAUUAUAUAAUAGGGACUAGUAGUGCACUUAAGUUGGGUACACAAAAUUGAUUUAUCAAUUCAACCGAAUGAAUUACUUGUAAAUUUCAUUUAGAUUAACUAGCUCAAUGGAGUUUUGUACGUAAAUGGAUUUGAUAGAGGCUUUAGACCAGUAAUAAUUAUCAAUUUACAAAGAGCACUAGAAGUAUUAUUAAUAACAUAAAUACUUAGUACACCCUCCUUUAAUUUUAAUAAGCAUUUGACUUUCUCCUUUGCUUAAUAAUUAGGGAUGUUUUAAUUUCAUUUUAUAUUGAAUCAGUUGUAGUUAUAAUUGAUAUUAAUACUCAUCAUCUUAAAAUUUUAAAUAGUUUUUCUGCACAAUUAUUGAAUUACAUUAAAAGUUGUCAGCUAAACUUUUAUGGAAGAAUACAUAAAAUAUAUAUAUUACAUGAAAUCACUAAAGAUAAAUUCUAGCCAUACUUAAAAGUUUUAAAACCUGAGUUUGAAGAGAAAAUAAUUGUUUUAGAAAAAAAAGAUAUUAUUUAAUUAUAAAGAUAAAUUGAUCCACAAUAGCUUGAAGAAAAAUUUUUAGGAUCCUCUAAAAAUUUAUAAAAUAGUUUUUGGUAUACGCAUUAAUUAAAUUUUAGGCCACCAAAAAAUCCUACAAAAGGUGUAGAAAAUAAUAUCUUAAAAAUUUAAGUUGACGAUAGUCAAUCUAAAUCUAAUAACAUUUUAUCUAUCUAUAAAUACGAAAGCAAUCAGAGCAGUUAAUUUACACUUCAAGUCUACAAUGAAGAGAAUGAAAUUAUAUCUUCUGAGAUCCAUCAAUUUUCAGUUGAUGAGUCAGUUUCAGGACUUCCAGAAUAUGUAAACUAAUUGUUAAACUUAGUACCCUGAUUCAAUUUUAUUUGCUUAAAAUUCAUCAUAAAUCUCAAUGGAAUGUGUUUUGUCUGAGCUUACUUCUUCCUAAUUUUCAGAAAUUAAAGGUAUUAGCAGUCUCUAAAAAGAAAAAGAUAGCCAAGUUUGUUUAGAAUAGCAUGAAAAUACUAAUUAAUAAAUUUACAAAGACAUUAUAAAACCUAAUUGUAAUAUGGAAAGUUGUUAAUUAAUGUGA